CAUUACUACAAUAAGGAUUGUUCCUUACAAAAGUGCCAACUCGUGCUUCAUAUGUUUAUGCAAUUGCUGCACAUUCAUGUUUGACUGAAGCAAUGCUUAUACCCAAACACUUUUCAAUUCCAAAACACACAAUCCAACUCAACAACAACAAUCUACAACACAGUCUCAAAGACACAAUCCUAACUCAAAUAAAACAAUGCUGGAAUCUAAAAACACUAGAAUCAAUCUACGCCACAAUGUUCAAAACCAACUUCAACCAAGAUUGCUUCCUCAUGAACCAAUUCAUAACCGCUUCAUCCUCAAUCUCUUCUCACACAAACCUCGCAACUUCCACUUUCACACAAAUCAAAAAACCAAACACUUUAGUUUACAACGCACUCAUCAAAGCAUGUGUUCAUUGCCACUCAUCAAACCAAGCAUUACUACAUUACAUAAACAUGCUCCAAAAAGGCGUCGUACCCUCAAGCUAUUCAUUCUCCUCUUUGAUUAAGGCCUGCACUUUGUUAACAGAUUCUGUAAACGGUAAAACACUUCACGGACACGUGUGGAAAAACGGUUUCCAUUCACAUGUGUUUGUUCAAACUACUAUCGUUGAAUUAUAUUCCAGUUUGGGUAAUGUGUGUGAUUCAAGAAAGGUGUUUGAUGAAAUGUAUGAGAGAGAUAGUUAUGCUUGGACGACGAUGAUUUCAGCGUAUGUGCGUAAUAAUGACGUUAUAUCUGCAGAGAAACUGUUUGAUGAAAUGCCUGAGAGAAAAAACACGGCUACAUGGAAUGCGGUGAUUGAUGGUUAUGCGAAAUUGGGGAAUAUUGAGCGGGUUGAGUUUUUGUUUGAUAAAAUCCCUUCUAAGGAUAUAAUUUCGUGGACAACUUUGAUGAGUUGUUAUUUGAAGAAUAAAAGAUAUUAUGAAGUCGUGAAGCUUUUUAAUGAAAUGGUGAAUGAGGGAAUGGUGGUUCCCGAUGAAGUUACUAUAACAACUGUGAUUUCAGCUUGUGCUCAUUUGGGUGCACUUGGGUUAGGAAAAGAGGUGCAUUUUUAUUUGAUGAUGAAUGGAUUUUGUAUUGAUGUUUAUAUUGGGUCUUCGUUGAUUGAUAUGUAUGCAAAAUGUGGAAGUGUAGAAAGGUCGCUUUUGGUGUUUUAUAAAUUGCAGGAUAAGAAUCUUUUUUGCUGGAAUUCCAUGAUUGAUGGACUGGCUGCACACGGCUAUGCAAAAGAGGCGUUAAGGAUGUUUGAGGAAAUGAGGAAGCAAGGAAUAAGGCCAAAUGGGGUAACGUUUGUUAGUGUUUUAACUGCCUGUACUCAUGCAGGGUUUAUAGAAGAGGGUCGUCGUUUGUUUGUGAGUAUGAUUGAGGAUUAUUGUAUUAAUCCUCAAGUUGUACAUUAUGGAUGCAUGAUUGAUUUAUUGAGCAAAGGUGGUUUGCUUGAAGAUGCAUUGGAGAUGAUUAGAGGAAUGAAGUCCGAACCGAAUGGUUUCAUUUGGGGUGCCUUGUUGAAUGGGUGUAAGGUUCAUAGAAACUUGGAAAUUGCUCGUGUUGCGGUUCAGAAUCUAAGGGUUAUGGAGCCAAAUAACAGUGGGCAUUAUAGUCUUCUUGUUAAUAUGUAUGCUGAAGUGAAUAGGUGGUGUGACGUCGCGAAUACCAGGAAUGAGAUGAAGGAUUUGGGUGUGGAAAAAACAUGUCCUGGGUCUAGCUGGAUCGAAAUCAACAAGGAACUUCAUGUUUUUGCUGCUUCUGAUAAGUAUCACCCAUCUUAUGGUCAGGUUAACAUGUUUCUAGUUGAGCUGGAUGAGCAGCUGAGACUAUCCGGCUAUGUCCCUGAAAUGGGGUCUAUUCUUUAAUGACUUUGGCUCUUCAAGUCGGAGGGUCCUUAGAAGGAUGAUUGUGCUGUACAUAGCUAAGUUGUUGAAGACAAACUCAAUAAGUUCUUGCAAGGUAGGCUCAAAAGAUUUCUUAACCUCCUUUCUAUCUGCCAGUUUUUUCCGGACAUUUUACUGCUGAGCCAAAAAAUUUACUAGAUGUUUGGUGAUGGUCUAUGUAAAACUACAAGGCUCAGUAAAGUUUUCUUUUAAUACAUUUGGAUCCAAGACUCAAUAAGGGUGCUUUGGCCAGUAGCCUUCCUAAUUUGAACAAAGAAAGAAUUGUGCAAACGAGGAGGCUCCCGUGAAAAGAGAAAAGUGAGGCAAAGAAUUUGGGAACUUGGAUAAAGAGAAGAAGCUAGGUAAGACAACUCUCAAAUGAAAAAAAUUAUGUUCAUAGAAGUUCCCAUUCUCUUUUUUAUUUAGGAAACCUGCUACUAUAGACUAAUCUACAUUAGCACACUAAAAUAGGCUAACAUCUAUAUUGUAAAUUAAUAUGCAGUAUGCAACAUAUCUUAUCCUUUGUAAUGAAAAACAAACUGUCAUCUAUUUAUAUAAAAUGUCAAAAUAAAUUAGACAUUGUAGGAAAAUAAAUAUUAAAAACUAUAGAUAAGGAGUGGGGCUAUAUUUUUACUAUUGAUACAAUAAU